GGUCACAGCAUCACAGUACUGCUCCAUAUCCCCAGCCAGUGUCUAACCACCCAGGUCCAGAGUUCUGGUGUUCUAUCUCGUACUUUGAGUUGGAUGUUCAGGUCGGGGAGAUGUUUAAGGUCCAGUCCAACUGUCCUCUGGUGACGGUGGACGGUUAUGUGGAUCCUUCAGGAGGAGACAGAUUCUGUUUGGGACAGCUGAGUAAUGUCCACCGCACUGCUGCCAGCCACCGCGCAAGACUUCACAUUGGUCGGGGGGUUCAGCUGGAGUGUCGGGGGGAGGGGGACAUCUGGAUGCGUUGCCUUAGCGACCACUCAGUGUUCGUCCAGAGUUUGUAUCUGGACCGCGAGGCAGGCCGAGCGCCGGGAGACGGAGUUCAUAAGAUCUACCCCGGAGCGUAUAUCAAGGUGUUUGACCUGAGGCAGUGUCACAGACAGAUGCAGCAGCAGGCGGCGGCGGCUCAGGCGGCGGUAAUGACUCAGGCGGCGGCAGUUGUCGGUGCGAUUCCGGGGCCGAACAGUGUGGGGGGAAUUGCCCCUGCUGUCAGUGUGUGUUCGGCAGCCGGUCUGGGUGUGGACGACCUGCGCAGGUUGUGCAUCGUGCGUCUGAGCUUCGUUAAAGGUUGGGGGUGCGACUACCUGCGUCAGAGCAUCAAGGACACCCCCUGCUGGCUGGAGGUCCACCUGCACCGAGCGCUGCAGCUGCUCGACCAGGUGCUGCACGCGCUGCCGCCGCGAGAACACUCCCUCUGACGGGCUGUGGCAACUCUGUGUGUGACGGUGGGCGGAGCUUAGCUAACAGGACAGCCAAUGACAGCAGAGAAGGCAUCCCCCCGUCGUCCUCCACAGAGCUCAUUGGUCGGUUCAGAAAGGCUUUAGACAAUCAGCCAAUCACAGCAUCUCAUCCCUCCUGAUACCACAUUUAAGGGUCAGUUCACACAAAUCAUCUGAUCUUAAUUAUGAAAAAAUUAAAUGAAUAUGAAUGAACAUUUCUGGACUGUUUUCAGACAGAAGUUUAUGAGUUAAAUUGAACAAAGUCCAGUUCUCCCUUUAAUGCUGCAUUCAGUUUGAGUGAACUGACCUUAACUUUACUUUACUCAACUUUACCUGCCAAAAAUCAGCUGUUACAUUUUCCUUUGUUUGUUCCUUUAUUGAUUAUUUAUUUUUUAUUGAUUAUUUGCCAAAGAUUCACUUCCUGUUCUUGAUGACAUCAUAUCCUGUUUACUCGGCGAUUCAGAUUAUUUAUUCAGGUUGUUGUUUUUUU